GUAGUAAUGUUUGUGAAAUGACAGAAAUGACCUUAAAUGUCAGAUGCUGCAUUAGUCAGAACAAAAAAGCCUUUACAUUCCCCAUGCCCGGUACCUCUCAAAGAUUCUGUUUCCUUCUCCUUUCCUUGUCAAAGGUAAAGGACUGUUUCCCGCCAAAGUAACUUCUUACCCUCUAUUUCACUGCCCCUCAGUCUCACCCCAGUGGUAGGCACCACAAAGAGAGACUGAAACGGAGAGAGAGAGAGAGAGAGAGAUUAGAGAAAUGAAGGAGGCAUCCAAGGUGAUAAUGGGAGCUACACUGGUGAUGGUGGUGAGCCUUGCUAUAGUGCUAGGCUUGGUUUUGGUGCUACUAGCUGAGCUCUAUUGUACUCUCUUACUUCGUAGGCGCCAGCUCCUUAUCACCUCCUCCAAUCCUACCACCACCACUGCCACAGCCACCAUCAUCUCCGCGUCUCCGGCCGCUAACGCUUCCUCACCAGAGCACUCACUACCUCAAAAUCAUUCAGCUUCUCCUCACAGCUACUAUGCACCAGGGAUUCUUCAGGCCCCAAGAAGCCUCUUCUUCCCUGCAGCUUCUUACAAAGAAAACAAGGCAGCAGAAACAAAGAACCAACUCUCCCAACUUCAUCACAUUCUUGAUGUCCAUACUCAAGAAUUAAAUACAAGUCCCCAAAGAAUCGGUCUUGUAAAAACUUCACCUUCAUCAACUUCGUUAGCGACUUUACCUCACCAGAUUCGAGAAAUCCCAAUUCAAAUUAGCAGCGCUAAUGCUAAUGACAAAGCUUGCAUUGGGGGUGUUGGAGAGUCUUUUGUUUAUAUAUCAAAUCCCAUUUAUGACAAUGACGCAAGCAGGCCAAGUAGGGUGGAGACUCCAUUUGAAACUCCUGAUUCAUCGCCAUCAAGACUGGAAACAGGUGGCUCUUCUUCUUCUUCUUCUUCAGGUGAAGAGGAGAUAGCUCAACCAUCACCAUCUAGUCCACGUUCACUUCCCCUCACACCUCCAUUGACUCCAAUGAAGAAGCUACCAGCAGAGGCAUGUUCAGUUUCUUUAAGAGAUGCAAGGUCUUUAGGCACUUCGGGCAGUGAUUCUGUGAGUAUUAAUGGUUUGUCAUCCUCAUCCUCAGGAUCUCCAUGCACAUCUCCUUCAUGGUGAAUGUUUCAUGAAACCUUUUGAGAAGGGUGUCUUGUGAAUAUAGGGAAAGAUGGAGAGUUUUGUGUCCAGAGCUCAUAACAACUUUCUUUGCAGGCGUGGCCAUGGCUGGCUCGCUCAGGCCAAGUGAAAUCAGUACUCUGUUUUUUUUCCUUGUAUUUUACUUUGCAGAACUGCCCCCUUUUCUCUUUUCUUAUUUAUUUUUUUCCUUUAUCCAUUUCCAUUUACUUGUAUUGGUAUGUUUGGAAUGUAGUUUGCACUUCUCUUUA